AUGGCCAAAUCAACGCGCUCUAAAUCUAAACGCGCCUUUCGGCGCACGAAGCGGGAAGAAGGGGUAUAUGCUGCUGUCCACGCAGCGCGACUUGAACGACUAUCGUCCAAACUGGCCGCCAAGGUUUCGGCGGACAAGGACGGAGACCAGGCUAUGGAAGAAGAGGAUACAGAGGAGCAAGUGAAAGACGGAAGUGAAGGUGAGUGCCGUUCUGCUUUAUCGUACCGGUUCCAUGGCACGAAUGCUUGCGAGUCCGAGGUUUAUCGUUCGGAGUUGGUGUCGGAUAGUAGUAGCGAAGAUACCACCGAUGGGGAGGGCAGCCUCAAUAAUUUGGAGCUCUGUCAGCGUAUGGAUUGCGACAGUAUCGAAGAGGAUGGAGAUGGGGGUCAGAUGGAGGAGCUCUGUCAUCUUAUGGCUGGCUUGAACUUGGUUCAUGACAUCGAUAUGGAGGAGCUCUGCCAUGACAUGGCCCGGUUAAAUAUGGCGGAGAGUAUUCACAGACCUAUCGCUAAAGGCGAUGGAGACGUUGAGAUGGAGUCUGUUCACGAGUUUUUAGCUUGGUUGGAAGCAGGUGCGAGGUUGGGCGCGCCCUCUGGAUUUAUAUGCCGACCAAGCACUGAGCGAGUCUGUUACGAAGACUGGAACGAACGGAUUGCUCGUUGGCGCCUCGAAGUGCAUAUGCACUCAGAGAGUAGCACAGGGGAUGAAACAGAACUCAUCACACCUGUGCAACUGCCUUUUCACGAUCCAGACGAGGUCCAGGAAGAUCCGCUCUUUCGAUCUGAAUAUGCAGGCCCACUCUCUCAGGCGGCGUUUUUGGACGCGGAGUCCCUCCGUCCGCUGUUUAGCUCCGGUGGUAAUCUCAGCUUCAGUAACACCAAAUAUCGUUCUUUAUUCCAACAGAGUCUUCACUUUGAGAUACCAUGGUGUAUGACUGGUGCUGGCAGAUACAUACUCGAGGAUGGGAGUUCAUGA